AUGUCCCCAGCAGUUGAUAUCAAGGACAACCAGGCCGAAGUCGAGGAGACUAUCCAUAGAUUGACUAGCCUCAGACCUAUUGGCGGUAAAAAUCAUACCAAGGCCAAGUUUGGUGCUCAGGCUUCUUGGGUUGAAAAACUUCCCGAGCCAGCUCGUAAGAGAUUUGAUAAGUAUGGUAUUGACUUGUCGAAGGGGUACCCAAAGGUUCCUGAGAGUAAGGACAUUCCAAAGUUUGUCGAUGAAGCCUUUGAGAUCAGAAACAAGGAGUACCCAUACGUUGAGCGUGGUAAGAACGCCGACCCAGAAAAGAAAGCCUUGUUUGGUGCUGCUAAGAGAGUCCGGAACUUGACUAAGCACAUCGGAACCGAGAUUGAAGGUUUGCAAUUGUCUGAUUUGAACGAUCAGCAGAAAGAUGAAUUGGCUCUUUUGAUCGCUGAACGUGUGGUCGUUUUCUUCAAGAACCAAGACUUGUCUCCACAAAAGCAGUUGGAAUUGGGCCACUACUGGGGUCAGGUUGAAGUCCACGCUCAGGUUCCAAGAGUCCCAGAUACUGUCGAAGGCGAGUCUCUUCCAGGUAUCACGGUGAUCUGGCAGGACUACGCCAGAGAGUUCUUUGGUCUUCCAUUGACUUUCAGAGACAACAGCAAGGGUAACUCUCAGUGGCACACUGACUUGGUCCACGAGUUCCAGCCAGCUGGUAUCACCCACUUGCACAACGACACUAUUCCAGAGGUCGGCGGUGACACUCUUUGGGCGUCUGGUUACGCUGCUUAUGAUAAAUUGUCGCCAGCUUUCCAGAAGUUCUUGGAUGGCAAGACCGCUAUCUUCCGUUCUGCUCAUGGUUACUUGGACAGAGAGAACCCAUUGAAGGGUCCUAAGCACAUCGAGAGAGAGCACCCUAUUGUGAGAACUCACCCUGCCACCGGCUGGAAGUUUUUGUUCGUUAACCGUUCCAUGACUGACCGUAUUGUGGGCUUGGAGCCUGCUGAAUCGAAGCUUAUCUUGGAGUACUUGUUCUCUGUCUACGAGAAGAACUUGGAUAUCCAGGUGAGAUUCAACUGGGCUUCUGAAGAAGGUAAAGGUACUUCUGCUAUCUGGGAUAACAGAAUUUCUCAGCACAAUGCUGUUUGGGACCACGAAGGCUUGGAGCCAAGACACGGUACCAGAGUGACAUCUUUGGCUGAGGUUCCAUACUUCGACCCUAACUCCAAGUCCCAGAGACAAUCCUUGGGCUUGGACUAA